CGAUCAGACAUGUUUGAGCAACUUGACUUUUCGCGAUUUCACAGCGGGAGCGACGAGCGUGACCAGUUCUGUCGUGAGUUGGUCGCCGGGUUGAGCAAGUCAGGCUGGGUACGGCUAGUCAAUCAUGGUGUCCCUCCAGAAAGCAUCGACCGAGCAUUUGAAAUGAGUCGCAAAUUCUUCGAUCUCCCAUUGGAGCAGAAGCUGAAAUCGCCUCAUCCUCCCACGGCUCACCCCCAUCGGGGCUUCAGUCCCGUUGGCCUGGAGAACAUAUCAACUGUGUCUAAUUAUUGUUCCCCGGCCACACAACCCUUACUUAGGGACAUGAAGGAAUCUUAUGACAUUGGAUCGGAACAAGAUCCGCUGUACUCCAAUAUUUGGCCCCCACCAGGAGUCCACGAUGGCUUUCAAACGACAAUGAACUCAUUCUUCGAUGUCUGUUACGAGGCUGAGUUGAUCAUGCUGGAUGCUAUUUCGAUUGGCUUGGGGUUGAACAUUGACUGUCUACGCAAGCUCCACACAAAUACCAACGAGCUGCGUCUUACACAUUACCCCGAAGUGGAUCUGGGGGACUUCGCCAAUGCCACCCGCAUUGCGGCGCACACAGACUUUGGCACGAUUACUUUAUUGUUCCAAGACAAUGUUGGAGGCCUGGAAAUAGAACAGCCCCCUGGUAGUGGGGUUUUUGUUCCGGCCGACAAUGCUGGCCCCCACGAGUGUAUUGUCAAUGUAGGUGAUUGUCUCCAGAUGUGGACAGGACUACAUAGUGCCCGACACCGGGUGCACCUGACAAAACGGGAGAACCAGGGUAAUAUGGUCCCAGAACGCUUCUCUAUUGCGUAUUUCGCAAAGCCUGAUCGUGCGGCCCUUCUCCGUCCACUGCUGGAUUCGCUAGACAAGCCAGUGCAAAAGUUUAUGACAGCCAAUGAGUUUCAGCACAUGCGCAUUGAGGGUACGUACGCCUAA